UCUUUGCUUUUAGUGAGUGCAACGAAGACGAACGGCGUUAAUUUCUUAACUAUUUUUAAAAAGGCAAAACAAUUUUGAACAUGCUGCGAGGGCGGUUUGAUAAUUUUGAAGCACUGACUAGUAAUGUUAACAGUCAUAAUUGUGUUGAAAAAUAAAAAAAAUAAUAUAACAAGUAAGAUAUCUACAGUCGACUGUGAGAUACUCACAUCUGUAAAUAAAACCAUAUUCGAAAAAUAUGCCACAAAAAAUACUUGAAUAUACCGAAGGUUAUGUUUGGUAUGUCGAUAUUGUACUACAUUUAAAAUAUACAAAAAUGUACAAAAAAUAUAAGAUUGUCAGCCAAAGCAACCAAGACCCGUCUGUAUUUGGCGUUCUUUGACAAAUGAAAGUAUUUCUUAAGUAACUUCAACCAUUUUUUUAAUCGCAACCAUUACGUUUGCUUUUUGAUUUUGUAUAUUAGUAAUAAAAAUAAAAGUUAAGUUAAUUUUUUGUCUACAAAAUAUACCUUUUUUACAGCGUUACAUUGCCAAUCUGUCAGAAUAAAUACCUUAAGUAUUUUUAAAUUUGUUAUGAUAUCUAUCUCUGCCUCUUCUCAUUCCAUUGCUAAACAUGUUGUUAACUCGUGCCAGCAAUCGUGUCACGAGAUCACUCGCUAGAUAAGGCGCGGCAGUUACAAAAGGUAUUUAUUUACGAUUUGCAUUUUAUUUCAUUAACCAUUUGACGUCAAAUUGGCAACUACACGCGUGCUGGCCAAGUUAAUGGAACCUGUGUGGAAAAGUGAAACCACCAACCUGAACCCCCUUUAGAUGUUUGCUCCAAGCGCAAGCAACUUGCGCCGCCGUCUGGCGAAAGAACUUGGCAUUUGGCGACACUAAUUGCUUCAGUGGUUUGCAGCGAGUGUCGCCUCCUCCAUGUGUAGAGAGACAAAGAGACAGGCAGGCAGCGAUGCGUCUCCACUGGAGUCGCGUACUCGACGACAAAAAGACGCUUACAAUUUCAGGCUUAAAUUGCCAAAGCGCAAUUUGUCGCCAGUACACACGAAUCCCCUCGAAUGUUGCAACAAUACACAACAUUGGGGGUGCCAUGUUUUAUAAAGUCGAUGACAUCGCUUGAAGCGAACUUAGUCGCAAUGUUCGGAUUCAAACGUCAACUACUCGCAUCGCGAAGCCUUUGGCUACUCCUUUUGUUCGGUGUGCCGUCGAGUUGGACACAAAACUCCAGCAGUACAGUGGUGUGGGAGCCAAGCAAUGGCAACACUGGCAAUGGGAAUACCAAUAAACGGGAGGUGGACUAUGCUGGCACUAAUAUAGCCAAAAGCUACGAUCCGCCGCCGGAGUUCUAUCGGGGACCAGGCUCAACAGGCAGCUCUGGGUCGGGCAGCUACGUUGGCUCCACAGGCAUUGGCAGUGUGAGUGGAGGUGGUGGACAGCAGCUGGGCAGCGUGGGUGAGAGUCUCAGUGAUGCAUACAACAAGUGGCGCAAUUCAGCUGGCGUCCAGCAGCGCAUUAGUGUGGGUCAUUAUGGAGGCGGAGCAGGUGGUGGUAUUGCAUCGCAUGUGCCCAGCACUCAUGGACCUGUCAGCUACGCCUACGAAGGACAUCCAUAUGAGUACGCAGGCGGCGUUGGAGCAGGAGGCGGCAGUCAUCAUGGCGGUGGCGGAGGUGGCUACUAUGGAAGCAGCAGCUCCGAGGCUGGCAUACCAUUCGAUGUGUAUGGCUCUCGACCCAGUCAUGUGUCACAUCAUUCGCACUAUGGUAGCACUGGAGGCGAGUACGCUUAUCUGGAGCCACAUGAUCUGGCUUCCCACAAGGGACCUCCAGAGCUGUCACAAAAGGCGCUGCUUGCCAAGAGUUUCCUCAUUCCCUUGGCCAGUGCCGCUGUACUUGGCAUAGCUGCUGCCUUGGUCAGUAAUCCACUGUUGCUCCAGCUGGGCACAGUCUCGGGAGUUGGUGGAGGAUUGGGUCCCGUAGUUGGUAAACGCAAAAGACGUUCACUGCGACGCGCGUAUGCUGCUCAUAAUUAGCAAUUACAAACAUUUCCACUUCAUUCAUAUAAAUACUUAAUUGGAAUGCUUACCAAAUAAAAUAAACGC